AGUUAGGUUAGGUUAGGCAUAUUGUGGGAGGCAUCAGCGUGAGAUGAGCGACGCGUCUUCAGCGACCGUGAGAAUCGAGUAUCAUUCAAGAUGAUGCGAUUUGACGAAGAGGAAACGUUGAAAGAUAAAUCCCGAUGCGCGAACGUUCGCGCUGAUCUCAAAAUGUGUUUGCUUCAAAGUGAUUGUUGUAAAAUCUACAAACGCACCCCCAAAGAAUGCCUUAAAUCACAGGAUAGCACAGUUCCCAAUGAAUGUUUUGCUUUACAGAGAACGUUCUUUGAAUGUAAACAUUCUAUAAUUGAUGGUAGGCGGCGAUUUAGAGGUCCUAGGGGAUAUUAAAUGUUGAAAUAAAUAUUAUAUGUAUAUAUGACAUAAUUA